AUGGCUAGCAGAUUGUCAGCGCCGUAUGGAAGCUCACUGCCUUGGGCAGAGCCGGCCUGGUACACUGGACGCCCGUCAGCAUACUACAAUGACAGCCAUAGGAAGCUCCGCGAUGCUAUCAGGAAUUGGUGUGAAGAGAACAUCGCUCCACACACCGAAGACUGGCUCAAUACCGGUGCUGUUGACCCAGCCAUUUACAGCAAAUGCGCUCAAGCAGGCCUUCUCGUGCCCAUUGCGUUUGGCAAGUCGAUCCCACCCCAAUGGUCAAAGUACCCCAUCAUAGCCGGUAUCAAGCCCGAGGAAUGGGACGGCUUCCACGACUUCGUCCUUUGGGAUGAGUUAAUUCGCUCUGGUGGACUAGCAUCCAUCUUCAUCGGCCUCGUCGUCGGCGCGCCCCCGCUACUCAAAUUUGCAAGCCAGCAAUUGCAGGACAAGAUAUUCCCAGAGAUUUUGUCGGGAGAGAAGAGGAUCUGUCUUGCGGUGACCGAGCCAGAUGCAGGUAGUGACGUGCGCAACAUCAAGACAACAGCCGAGAAAACCCCAGAUGGAAAACACUACAUCGUCAACGGCGAGAAGAAGUGGAUCACAAAUGGCAUGUUUAGCGAUUACUUCAUGACUGCCGUCCGCACUGGCGGACCUGGCGCGAGCGGAAUUUCAAUGCUUCUGAUUCCCCGCUCUGAAGGUCUGCGAACACGCAAACUGGAUGUCAUUGCUGGGCCGCUGUCGGCUACAACGUACGUUACGUUCGAGGACGUCAAAGUACCGGUCGAGUAUCUCAUCGGCAAAGAGGGCGAAGGCUUCAAGCAAACUAUGGUCAACUUCAACCACGAGCGCCUUUGGAUCGCGUUCCAGGCUAUUCGAGGUUGCAGAGUGGCGAUUCAUGAUGCGUUUGCUUGGGCGAUCAAACGAGAGGCAUUUGACAAGACGCUGAUUGAGCAGCCUGUCGUCCGCAACAAAUUCGGAAACAUGGGCCGCAUGAUUGAAAGUUUACAAGCGUGGACCGAGCAGAUCAUCUACGAGCUGGAGAAUCUGAGUGAUGCGGAUGGCGCGAGGCUACUUGGCGGCACCACGGCAUUGCUAAAGGUCGAGAGUGGCAUCGUGUGCAAGUAUGUUGCUGAGGAGUGCUUGAAAAUCAUGGGCGGUCUCGGACUCACCAAAACUGGCCAAGGCGCCCGCAUAGAGUCAUUUUACCGUGCCGUACCUAGCUUUGUUGUGCCGGGUGGCUCGGAAGACGUGUUAAUUGAUCUUGGUGUACGGGAGGCUUUGAAGAUACACAGGGCGGCCGAGAAGGCGAAGUCCAAGUCGAAGUUGUGA